CUCGUUCUACUUCUAUUUCAAGACUCGCUCAAGGCUGGCUAUCCCUAUUCACACCGAGGAAGCACAUGCUUCGUCACCUCUUCAACGCCCAGGAACAACACCAGAGUACAUCUUCCCCAGUCGUAUCAGCCCAUAUGAUUGCAAACAUGGUCAAAAACGUCAUCGUCGUAGGAGGAUCAUAUGUGGGAAGGGCUACAGCUCAGGAACUCGCCAAAGUAGUCCCUUCGUCGCAUAGGGUCCUCCUCAUCGAGCCCCACAGCCAUUUUCAUCACCUAUUCGUUUUCCCUCGAUUCGCCAUCGUACCGAGCCACGAGCACAAAGCAUUCGUCCCAUAUACUAACCUGUUCUCGUCUGUGCCCAACUCGGCCUCGCACGCUGUUGUUCACGCCAGAGUCGUGUCGGUCCAGCCUCGUCAUGUCAAUCUGGACCGAGAAUGGGAAGGGUCCCGGCAGAUACCUUUCGACUACCUGACGGUCGCCACGGGGACUCUGCUCUCACAGCCUGCUGCAAUGAGGAAGGAUGACAAACAGUCUUCGGUCGAGUAUUUGAAGCAGCACCAGGAAGCCAUCAAGCAGGCAAAGUCGAUUCUUCUCGUCGGUGGCGGCGCUGUUGGUGUACAGAUGGCCACAGACCUGAAAGAGUACUAUCCUGCCAAGGACGUCACACUGGUCCACUCCCGGGUGCAUCUGAUGCCACAGUACCACCAUAAAUUCCAUGACCUUGUCAAGAAACGGUUCGACGAAUUGCACGUCAAUCUAAUCACGGGUGCUCGUGUCAGAAUCCCACCUCAAGGAUUCCCCACGAACGGCUCUCCAUUCGAGGUCCAGCUCACCAAUGGCCAGAAAGUCACGACGGAAUUCGUCAUUCUCGCGACCGGCCAGAGCCCUAACAAUUCUCUGGUCAGAGAUCUGGAACCGGAAAACCCCAAUGCCGUGAUCAACCCGGAGAAUGGAUACAUUCGAGUCAGAUCGACUUUGCAGUUUCUCGACGACAAGUAUCCGAACCUCUUCGCAGUUGGCGACAUUGCGGAUUCGGGUGCGCACAAAGCCGCCCGGCCGGGAGUCGCCCAAGCAGCAGUUGUGGCCAAGAAUGUUCAAUCCCUGAUAGAAGGCCGACAAGCAGAGGAGAAGUAUGUGCCGGGUCCUGCUGGUAUUCACCUGUCUUUAGGCAUGAAGGAGAAUGUCAUUUUCCGGAAUCCGAACAAGGCAGAAGGAGAGACGGAGCCAACGAUCAUGCCUAAGAGCGAGUGAGUCAUACCCUGAUUCCCCUUUGUGUCAUGUUCCCCUUGAAGCUGAUGGCAUGGCAGCGGUCAAGAAGACAUGGGUGUAGAAGGCUUCUGGAAGAGGCUCGGUAUUGAUGUCAAGAGUCCGCAGCAGUAUCACUUGUGAGGAGCAAAGCGUCAGAUAGAACAUUAGAUUUGAACAGAGUUCACAACAGCUGGCAGGAUUUGCAUGACAAAAGGUAGACUACGGCGUUUAGAGCCGACCAUCGUCGUAUGGUCUACUUGUUAGACCAGAGGAUCAGCGGGCCUCUUCUACUCUACAAACCAGGACGACCGAAGGUCACCAGCGCAGAGCAACCAGGAAAUACUCCGCACUGAUCACAAUGAGCACUACACUCAUUGGACGGUGAGAGUCUAUAUAGUCACGCUCCUUUCCCAUGGUAGAUAGGACCUUCGUUGUCAAACUCAAGC